AUGAUGGAACCCAAUGGCGACAUUGUCGAGGUUUUUGGUCCGCCGCCGGACGGUUUGGACAUUUUUGAAAGCAGCGUCGCGCAGAACAAUGCUGCGGUCAUUAUUCUCGCGGUUUUAGCAUCCGCUGCCGUGGGACUGCGAAUCUUGGCCAGAUGCCUCCAAGGAAGCAGUCUGAAAGCUGAUGACUGGACCAUUAUCAUAUCUCUGCUCCUCGUAGGAGCCACUGUUGCUCUGAGCAUCGCUGGCGGCAUAUACGGCGCCGGAAACCACAUUUGGUCAUUCACGCUCCCUGGAGUCACACAGAUAUUCAAAAUCCUUUACGCCUACACGUUUGUGUACGGAACAGCCUGCGCCGCCAUCAAAAUUUCCAUAUUGCUCUUUUACCAGCGCAUAUUCGUUUCGAGAGCCGCUUCCUUCAAGUUGUCUAUACUAUUCGGCUAUUUCCUCUCCAUAUCCUACCCCAUAAUCAUAUGGGGGACGAUGGGCACCGCCUGCAAGCCCCUAUCAUUCUAUUGGAACCAGUUCAUCGGCACCAAGGGGAAGUGCAUUGACCUAAACACAUUCUAUCUCGCCCUGGGUAUCAUCAACAUGCUCAACGACGUCAUCAUUCUACUGAUACCGAUUCCACAAAUCCUAAAGCUCCAGAUGUCUGGGAGAAAGAAGUUUGCUGUGUGUACCAUCAUGCUUCUGGGCAGUUUUGUCUGCGUCGCCAGCGUCGUCCGAAUAUGGUUUCUUCACAAGCUCUCCAUUGCCAUCGACAUCACUUUCGCGAUGGGAAACGUCUUCAUAUGGUCAGCGCUCGAACCUUCUGUCGCCAUCGUCUCCGCGUGUCUUCCGCACCUGGCGCCCCUCAGCCACCUCGUGCGCCGCAAGAUCUCGUCCAAGAACCGCAGCAAUGGCCACUCUGCCCCGUUGCCGGACAGAGCGCCAUGGAGAUCAGGGAGGAGUGGCGCGGAGGAUAGGUCGCAAACUGGGGCCGGCGCGCUGUUCACGUAUGGAGGAUCGCGCUUCGCUUUUGGGAAUAGCAAGGAUGGUAGGGCGAAACUCGGCGAGGUGGAUGAUGAGAUUGGGCUUACCAACCGGAUUCCCGUGGGUGACGUCGUAGUCAAGAGUAUGUCUGCCGCAUCGGGUUCGGAUGAAAAUAUCAACAGUCGGUCGGUCGUUGUCCAGUCUAGCUUUACGCAGGAGAGUACGAGAGUACGGUAG